AUGAGUGAAUUUGCAGAGAGCAUUGCUAAUAGUAUACCACAGGGAAGUUUCAUCCCACAAGAUGGAAUAGAUGCCCCAUAUACCCUACAAGAAAGAAAUCCAAUAUUAGACGAAAUACUGAAUGAAGAUGAAGAGGAACAGGAUGGAGAAGAUUCAGGUGAUGAUUAUGAUGAUGAAUAUGCUUAUGAAUACGAUUCUGAUGAUAGUUUAGAUGAUGAAUUAAAAUUGAUUAAUGCUCAAUUACAAUGGGAAGAAUCUUUGGAUCAAUUGAAAACAUUGGCUGGUUGGGUUAUAUUACCAUUGAUUGGGAAAAUGUUAGGAAGAAGGUUUGCAGGGAUUAGUGAGUAUAAAAAUAGAAGGGAGAAUUGA